GAAACGUUACAAAACAGAAGAAAAAGUCUCGUCUUAACAAUUACUCACAUGCUUUCUCCAUUCUUCCAUCGUUCUUCGGUCCUUGUGCAUUUGUCAUCUCGAUAUUUUUCUCUCUUUGCCUCACUCUCUAAUCAUAAAUUAAACCUUUUUAACGUAGUUAACGAAUUGAGUGACGAGUUGGGUUUACGGGUUUGAAUGAUAGGGAAACUGAUAUUACAUGGUUUUGGCUAUAGGAGAAUUACUAAAUUCAGUCACAAAUCUUCGGUUAUUUAAAAAAAAAAGACGAGUUGGGUUUAGGCCAAUACACAACCAGUUCAUUUUUCUCGGGAAAUUUUAGUGUUUAGAUGUGUAACAUUUGAGAAAUUUGUACUAAUCAUUCAGUUUAAUACAUUUCUGAAAAUAUAAUAGUAGGAUAUCUAAGAGCAUAUUCAUCAUUCAAAAACUCAGAUGAGUUUCUUAAACUAUACUUUAAUAUUAAAAGGACUUUGUACCAAAAAAAUAUAAUAGUAUAUCUAAAAAGUUAUAGACUUUUUUGGCCCCUAUAUCACUAAAAUGUGUGCAAUUUUUUAUAUCAAUUGUCUAGAAUUAAUUUAAUGUUUGUUAAUAAUUAAGGAUAUAAUUAUAGUUUAAUAAUCCAUUUCUGAUAUCUAGCCCAUAUUAUGAAGUAUGAUGAAAGAUUAUAUAUAUAUAUAUAUAUAUAUAUAUUUAUUUAUUUAUUUUUAAAUAAUUUUCAGUAUAGUGCACUGGCUGUUAAAUAAAGGUGGAGCUUGCGGGUCAAGAGACUGCAUGGGCCAGGAAUGGUGGCCACCGGUGUACGUUCCAAUGACUUUAUUCAACAACAUGAUGUAUGUAUAAUUUGAUUCUUUAUAUCUUGUUGCUACUUAACCGAUAACUUUAUUCGGUCUAUUUAACGUCUAGUCGCAUGCUGACGAAUCGCGUGACGAUUGAGCAUCCAUUAACAACAACAUGAUGAAUUUCAAAUAUAUAAAUUUCUACUUCCAAGUUUUUGUAAAGUAAAGGGAAUUAGAAUCUAGAUGUCUAACACGUGUACUGUUUGGAGAAUCACAAAGACAUCUUAAGAACUCCCUAGAUUUUGUGUUAAUCACAGUAAACAAGAGUUAAGACAACGUAUUAAAUGUAUAAACCACAUAUUAAUCACUAUUUAGAGUGGUCCCUAAUCCUAAUUCUUGUCCCAAUGUCCCCACUCAUUCUUAAUUAAGUACAUUUUUAAUCAGGUGUGUGUGCGCGCGUCAGUGUGAUGCCAUUAUAAACAUUUGGAUUAGUGUCUAAGUGUCUAACUUUAUAUUCAGUAAUUCUCGGGUUUGCUAAAGAUACUGCUAAGUAAGUAUAAAUUGAAGUAUAGUACUCGGUAAUUAAAUAAAAAUAUCUAGAAAAAUUAAAAGAAGAAGGUGAGAGAGAAAGUUGACGUAGAAGACAAAGUUUCAUGGAGACCAAGAAAAUGUUUGCUAAUCCAUAAAUCCAAUGAUGUUAAUUGAUUUGGUAACAUGCAAUUCUAUUGGGCUUUGACAAUCAUUUUUAUUUUAUUUAUUUACAUAUCCUUUAAGCAAGCAGAAAGCCUAUUUUUACUGAUCCAUAUAAGUGGGAGCAGUUCCACAUGGAUACACUGCAGACAUAAAAAAAAAACAUUUUUAUGUGAGUUGGUGCAAGAGUUUAGAAAUAUUGGACACUUGCCCUAAAGAAUUUAUAAGACACUUGCCCUUAUACGUAGAAGAGUUAAAGACUUGAGGGGACAUUGCACAGCUCUUUACAUGGAUUUUCGUUAUUUUUUCUUUCUUUCCGACUCUUUGUAUCAGAUCUUUAUGCACUUUUUGAAAAUAACUUUAGCACUUUACAGAUUUUUAAUAGUUUUCUUAUAAGAUCUAAGACUACUGUGGAUACAUAAUUGAUGAUCAAUAAUACAUUGUAUAGUAGACAUGUCUAAUCUUGGACUUAGUCGCUUGUCUUUAUUAUACAUUGUUUGACGUUUGUUUUGUAAGCUAUGAGUUACGACAUUGAACUGACACCAAUUUCACCAUCCAUGUUAAUGCAGCUUACUAUAAGUAUAUAUACUUUCGGUAACCAGCACUGGCUCGAAACGAUACGAGCCUGUAAAUGAACUAUGGCUAACUUAAAUUUUCAUACGAUUUGAAUAAUUUUCAUACGGAUUUGAAUAUGUAUUAAUUAAACAACAUUACGUAGUCAUGUACGUUGUGGUAUAAUGGUCUCGAUUACCAUCAAGAAAGUAAAUUAGUUACGUUUCAAAGUGUGCAAAUACUUUGUAAUUUGUAUGGGCUAUUAAUUUAGUCACUUCGACUUGAGUUUUUUGGUCGGGACGCUUUAUCCGUUGAUAGAUUUCAGGAAAAUCUUUGCCAACCUGCUCACGUCCAAAUAUGUGAUGGCUAAAUGCAUUACGUAAAUAAUUAAAAGCUACACUUUACAUACCUAUAAAUAAUAUCGACUGAACAUACAAUUAUAUAAAUAAAAUGUAAAACUUUGGGACCAGUCACCAGACAUAAGUUUAAUUUCUUGCCUCACCUAUAAAUGAGUUAAUUAUUAAUUUUGUAAUACUACUUUCGAUAACUAUAUAUGGUUGAUUCUCUUUUAUAUGUCAAUGAAAUUUUAAUCUUUAGGACCAGAAAACAUAAUUAAGUUAAUUUUCGCACCUAAAACUAAGUUAAUUAUUAAUUUUGAAACACUACUUUCGAUAACUAUGCUUAAUUAUCUACUUUUUUUGCAUAUACCCAUGUCAACAGUGGUGGAACUAGCAACGUGCCCAAUUAUAUGUAUACUAAUAAACACAAGUUUAUAAGUAAUUAACACAAACUUGAGGAGAACCCACUCCGUGUCACCGUACUAACCAUUCAACGUAAUGCAUGUCUAGGGAUUCAAUUAUUUCUCGUUCUUAGAACUUUGACUGGUGAAACAUAUCGAGACUAGUCUAACUUCUGUAUAUCGUCAAGGUUGCUCCACGGCCACCGUGUAUGAUGAGCCGAGAUCAAAGCCGUGACGUUCUCUCCAAUACACGGGUUUAAACCUAUAAUUAAGUUUUUUUAAAAAAGAAUUAAUGUAUAGCUAAUCUGUGGGCCGUAGUAAAAUGUAGAAGAAUGUUGGUGGACUCGUUGCUUACGUGGGAAUAUGUGCUUUAAUAUGAGUGAGUUUGUGAGUUGUAUAAAGUAGCAACAGUGAGAUAAUAUCUGAACACAAGAUUACAAAGAACAGUUUAAAAGUUUUCUUUUUAAAAGUUGAAAUCCUCUCGUUUAAAUAGUCAAACUUGGAACUUGAACAACAUCAAAUUCACCAAUCUUAGUCCAACUUGUCUAAAACUCUCUCCCACUCUAUAAUAACCAAUAGCAAUUCACCAGUGACUUAAUACAUAUAUACAUUCAAUCUCUUUGUUAUAGAAGAUCAUAAAAAAAACAUGAAGUUCUUAGGAUGGAUGCUGAACAAGCAAAAUGCAAAACAUGGGGAUUAUAAUAGAACAAGCACUUCCUCUGCUUCUUCUCAUCAUGUGAAGCAAGAGUCAAGAGAGGAGUUUAGCGACUGGCCUCACGCUUUGCUUGCUAUUGGAACGUUUGGUUCAACAAGCACUGGUGUGAGCCAAAAAGAGAGCAACAAUGUUCAUGAAGAGAUCGAAGAAGAGAAGAAGUCUAUCUCGCAUUCCGAGCAAGAAGAAGAGCCUUCUUCAUCUGAUGAUAUUGAUGAUUUUACUCCAGAGGAGGCCAAGAAGCUGCAAAAGGAGUUGAUGAAGAUUUUAUCAAGAACUAAGAAAAGGAAGUCUGAUGUGAAUAGAGAGCUCAUGAAAAACCUUCCUUUGGAUAGAUUCUUGAACUGUCCAUCGAGUUUAGAUGUGGAGAGGCGAAUCAGCAAUGCACUCUGCGCUGUUGUGGAUUCAUCUGAAGAGAGUGAAGAUAUGGAACGAACAAUUAACGUUAUUCUUGGUAGAUGCAAAGAGAUAUCUAUAGAGAGCAAGAAGAAUAAGAUGAAGACGGAGAUAAGCAAGACGUCUGUCUCAUAUCUUUUCAAGAAGAUCUUUGUAUGUGCGGAUGGGUUUUCUACACCCCCGAACCCUAGCCUGAGAGACACGCUUCAAGAAUCAAGAAUGGAGAAGUUGUUGAAGAUGAUGCUACAUAAGAAGAUUAAUGUUCAAUCCUCGUCGAAACCAGCAACAUCAACAACACAGAGAUGCUUGCAAGGCAAGAAACAACUCUCUUUGAAGAGUGAAGAAAAAGAAGAAACCAACGAAAGAAGAAGUAGCAGCGAUGGACAUAAAUGGGUGAAAACAGAUUCUGACUUCAUAGUUCUUGAGAUCUGAUCAAAACAUUCGUUCUUCAAGCCCUUGCAAGAAUCUAUUCAGCGUACAGAUUCAAACUCGUAAAGGAAAUAACGAAACGAGUCUCUUAUUUUGGAGGAUUUUUUUGAUGCAUCUGCACGUGUACAUGUAUGUAUACCUUGUUUUUUUGCAUGAUUUGAUAUGUGGGCAUUUGGGCCCAUAGAGGCAAACAUGUUCUUGAAACAUACAUACAUGUGUGUAUUUAUGUGAUCAUUUGUGUAAUGUUAAGGUGGACAACCUUACGUUUUAAAGGUGAAUAUUUCUUCUUCAAUGCUAUAUUCUUUGUGCGUUUGGUUAAGUUAUUUGUAAGAGAAGCCAUAUGUUGAACUGAAUAAUACUUCUUCUAGUUUAUCCUUGUUAUAUAUCAUAUAAAAAAUGUUAGAGGUCCCAAUCAAUUACCAAAAAAUAUGAAGAUUCACUCAGGAUGAGGAGAAACUAUAACCACUUAAUAAUUUCCCCCGUUUUCUUGGAUUAGUAGUAGUAAGUGCUUUCAAAAUAAAACAAUGAAUUGUGAGAUUAUUCUUCCAAGUCUGUCCUAGUUUCAAACAUAUAUAUUACAAAACAAGCCCAAGUCAGACCCAAGGCCCAAGACCCAUUUAUGUUAGGGUUUCUAGCAAUCUAGACUCUUAUAUAUGUUGUUAUGAACUCUUGUGUAAGUAACUUUGGUUGUCAUAAUUGCAACCACAUUAAACCUUUUUUAUGAUAUCAAUCAAUCUUGUUAGCUCUUGGUGACAACUCUCAAGCUUCCUCUCUUUAGUUUCUUUAUCAUUCAAUAAAGUUCUAUGAGGCUAUUAGUUUUUCAAUAAGCUCGUUAGAACAUAAAUCUAUUUUAUCUUCAAAUGUUAUCAAUAUACACCACUGCUUGCUACAAUUAAAAUACCACUAAUUAAAAUAACCAAAAUAAAAUUCAUAAACUAAACUAUCCCUUUAGCAUAAAAACAUUGGUGUUUAAUUUUUGACUUGCUUUCUCGGAAGUUUUAAAAUCGAAUAUUUGACUAGUACAAGUUUGAUCACAUUCACACGUAACAGUUAGUUAUGGGCUAUUUCGGCAAAAAGUUAGAAAUCACACUUCCGAAGAAUCUCAAACAUACGGAACUGAAAGUUUCAGCCCAAGCCCAUUUUAUAUACAUUGCUAACAAAAACGUAAAGAAAUUCUGAGAGCCACAACUUCCUAGGAAUCUCCGGGAGAAAGAAAUUCAAAAAUACAAUCGAAAGAUUAAGCUCCACAUCACGAAGGUCCCAGGAACCAUACUUUUAUUCUCUCUUUUUAGAAAAGUAUCAUUUUACCAGAACACGUUUUUUCUAACGAGUCGUAAUCAUGAAGCAACGUAUUGAUCAUUGCAUCCGUGAAAGGGCCAGUUCAGUCAAUUAAUCCUUUAGCGAUUAGUUUUUUUUUUUGACUAAUCGUAUAAGGUGGGAUCAAAAGAUUUGCCUUCUCUCGUGGAAAAAAAAAAAUGCAAAUCACACAUUACUGCUGUCGCGAGUGCGUCGUAUGAUAUUGCGCGACUUGUCCUAAUCAUAACAGAUGACUCUAUUUAACUCACGUGUUUUUUUCAUGUUCUGUCGGGUCUCAGACAAGUGCAUUCUUUUGAAUUUUUUUCACACGGAACUCCGGAAAUUACGAGGCAGAGCCCCCACAUGGCCCACGUUCUAUUCUAUCCGAGUUUCCGUUAAAGUUAACUAACAAGUUCUUGUAACGCAUGAAAAGUCCCAUGAAUGCGAGUUAUAACUACGAUGCUGCCACACGAUAAGCUAGACUUAGUUCUUGUGAAAGGGCAGUUUUGUAGUUACAUACAUCUUUGGGGGUUCCUUUGCGAAUAUGUAGCAGAUUGGCUAACGGCGUUUGAUAACGUGGUCGUCGGUUUGUAACUCUUUACGCGUAAGGAAAACGUGCGGGAAAUUCUAAUCGGAAAAAAAGAAUUGUUUAGUCUAAAUUUAAAAUCUGACCGUCCAUAAACAGAUAUUCUGUAACAAAAUAAACAAAAACAUG